UAGCUUGCCUUGCCAUGGCAAAAAAAAUGAGUAAAGGUAGGCAAAAGAUCCAAAUGACCAAAAUGUCAAAAGAAAGUAACCUUCUUGUUACCUUCUCGAAACGUCGUUCUGGUCUUUUCAAAAAAGCUAGUGAACUUUGUACCCUUUGUGGUGUUGAAAUAGCGAUUGUUGUCUUUUCACCAGGUCAUAAAGUCUUCUCUUUUGGUCAUCCUAAUGUUGAUUCUAUCGUAAAUCGCUUCCUUACUCGUAACCCUACGAGUUCUUCUUCUACAACUUGUCAACUUGUUGAAGCUCAUAGAAACGCAAAUGUACGCGAAUUGAACGCACAACUCACGGAGAUUCUCAAUCAAUUAGAGUUUGAGAAAAAACGCGAGGUUGAAAUCGAAAAAAUUCAAAAGGGUAAAAUUGGAAAGAAUUGGUGGGAAGGUCCAUUGAAUGAACUUGAACAUGGUGAAUUGGAACAAUUGAAAUUGGGAAUGGAAGAACUCAAGAAAAAUGUUACAAAACAAAUGCAAAAAAUAAUUUUUGAGGCUUCAAAUGCACCUACAUUUUUUCUUGGAGGAUCAUCUUCUUCUAAUGGAGAUGUCAAAAAUAUGAAGGGGCUUGGACUUUCUAUGGCAACCAAUGGUGGGCAUACAAGUUUUCCAUGAGUUAACGUUAUUAAUCAACAAAGGUUACAUACAAUUUUAGGUCAAGAGGUUGAUCACAUCGAUCGCGAUUCUAAAGUAAUAGUUUAUUUGUCUUAUUAUAUAUUCGAGUAAUGUCUUAAAUAUUUGUUUAUGAUACUAUGCAAUUUGUUUAUCGACCAAGCGUAUAGACAAUAUGCUUAUUAAAUUAGGGUAUUGUCGUCGUUUGGGUUUUUUCUUUUUUUAUCAAUCCAAAGUGAAUAAUGAACAAUGAUUUCAAUUUUCAAUGAGAAAUUUGUUCUACAUUAAUCUUUGUUUGUCCCUUGAUUAUUUUUUUUUGUCAAAUCGGUUAAAGUAAUUAUGUUUGAAGAACUUAUUUUGAUGAAAAUAUCGAUCUACAGUAGAGAAGUAAACAAUUUAUAUUUUAAAAAAUCAAAAUUAAAUAGGACAAAGCUAUAGUUUUUGAGACAAAUAUGUGACCUUAACAUAA